AUGGCCCCCACGCGCCGAGGGAGGCGCCCACCCGCGCCCUGCCCCGCCGCGCCCCCGGACCGGAUGGAUCUCAGCGGCAACUUGCUCCAUGGCGGCUGCCCUCAGUUACAGGUGAACUGUUUCCUGAAUGAGACACGGCCGUGCACUUCUAGUAGCAGCAGCAGCAGCAGCAAUGGUGAUGGUGGCUUCGGUAUCAAAGAGAUUGCUGCCAUAGCUUCAGCAUCAGCCAUUGUCGUGGUUCUGUUAGUUGCACUGACCCUGUGCAUCUGCACAAGGAAAUGUCCUCUGAGACCAUCAAAGCGCUCUUUAGGGAGAAGGAAAGUCAAGGUUUUCGCAGAUGUUGAAAUUGGAGCCCCACUGACAUAUGAGACUGUUGCCGCGCUACUGGGAAUUUCAAUGCUAGCAACUUCAUUGGCAACGACGGCUUUGGUGCGACAUACAGAGCCAAGGUGGCACCUGGAGUUCUUCUGGCAAAAGAGGCUUGUUAUUGGGAAGCAGCAUGUCCCUGUAAUUCACUGUAAUUGUCCCUGUAAUUUCUUUAUACGGCAGUUGUCCCUGUAA